GUUUGCGAAUACGCAGGUAGGUCUCAAAUUGUUUUUGUCACCUUACUGUCAUUCAGGUUCGAAAUAUACACACCUGCCUUCAAUAUAUCAGCUUUCAUCCCCACAACGACUUCACAAGACCACAGAAAACCAUUACCAUAUGUCGUUCCUCUUUACUAGACGCAGCUCGGUCCCGCUCUCCUCUGCUGGAAUCCCUUUUCCUCCCGGCCCCCGAGCAACAGGAUCUUCAUUUUCCUCCUUCUCACGCCCCCAGCAUAUAUCUCUCAACUCACCAGUAUGGAAUAACCCCUCGAACUCUUCCGGUAACCCAACCAAUUUCUCAAUCCCUCAGCAACAGCCUUUUAAUGGGUACGGUGCUGGUCAAAGCUUCUAUAGUAGCCAACCAUCAGCCGCACCAACCUAUUUUGGAACGAGAAUAGGUGCCCCGCCGAAUUUUAGGGUUGUACAAGUCCCUGCGCCUUGGGUUCCUGGUACCAAACCUAGUAAUUUGAUGAACAAUCAGUCAGAUACGACGAACGAUCACAAUCAGAAGACAAGUCCAAAAGAAAGCACUUUCUGGGACAGUCCUACGCAGCAAAGGUCGUGUACGCCUGGUAACUCAAGGUCAGUGAAGGACAUGUAUAAAGAUUGGCUAAGCGGCCAGGCGGAAGACGCGAGAUCCAUUGUCAAUGAGUGUAUUAGCAAGGUGAAGCAGAGCCGCUAUGAAGUCGGCGGCAGUACUCGACGCACAGACGCAGUGAUGGGUGAAGCAAAAAGAAUUUCGGCAUUCAUAAGCACUCACGUGGCGCAAUUGUCUGAUGCAUCUCUGGAAACUGAUGUAGCUACUCUUUCCAGCCUGGUGGAUGAGAUAUCACGAGACUUGGAGGCGGAGAGGGUCUCAAGGAGAACAUUGAACGACAACCUGACUAAGACGACCAACGCAGUCAAUCGAGCACAUAGACUGGCAGAGGAGAGGACAAAGGCUGAUAGUGAUCCCGACUUGGCGCGGUCGAGGAAUUUGUGGCAAACUUACAAAGAGUUCGUGCCAAGAAGUGAGAAAUCGCAGGCAUUACGAUCUGAUUGGGAAGUCUUUAUGGACAGUCGAAAAGACGAGACGACGGAAAGUAUUCUUAGUCAUGCGGACCAGAAGGCUUUCUUUCCGCAUCACGCAUCAAUGAAUAGCACUUUUACCGGCUCAGGGACCUUGCCAUACACUUAUUGUUCAGGGCAGUCCGAACCAUUCUCUCAAAGGUUCGCCUCGAGUUCCGUUCGUGGUCCCCCUCCAUCUUAUAGGCAGCCCCGAACCUUCCAAAGUAGUAUGUUUGGGCGGUAACGGUAGGAGAGCAUUACAUGCAU